AUGUGGUGCUUCAGUACACACUCUUUCAGUAUUCAAAAGAUAGCUCCUGAAGUAACACUCGGCAAGGUGACGAGGCAGGUGUCGGGAGCAGGUGUUGACCCUCGUUCAUCUUCGCGUCCUCCCUUCCCGUUGAAUCUCGUGUUGUGUUCUCUUAUCUACUUCCACUAUUUUCACAUUCAUCCUAAUCUUGCAACCCUUCGCCGUCACCAGUUUUACGCUGACUGGUGUCCUCCCUCCUCCCAGCCCAAGUUCGCCAUCCCAGGUGAGUUGACAGGUGCGAGAAAAGUCAUUUCGGGUGACGCUCAGGUCAGGUAUUGACUCGGCGAGAGAGAGAGAGAGAGAGAGAGAGAGAGA